AACAACCUCACACCAUCCGCAAAAACCUAGCGCAGUCGGUUGUUCCCUCUCUGACCUCAACCUCGCCAAAACGGUCUUUGCUCCCCGUCCUGCCAUUUCCUUCCCCCCUCCGCCGUCCGCCCCAGCACGCCCAAUCUGUCCUGACCUAACCAACUCUCGCAAUGGCCUCGACUUCUCUCUUCCGUCUUGCGACGCGCGCCGUCCGCCCCUCCAGCUUCGUCAGAGCUUCCCAAUUGCCCCGGUCUGCGUCCCGGGUGCAGACCCCCGUGGCUCUGGCUAUCAACCGCCCCGGCUUCAGCACCACCUCGAUUCGCCGCUCCGGUCAGCACGAUGAUGAGACAUAUGAGGAGUUCUCUGCCAGAUUCGAGAAGGAAUUCGACGGUGUCCAGGAUGUUUUCGAGCUCCAGCGUAACCUCAACAACUGCUUCGCCUACGACCUUGUCCCCUCCGUUGAGGUCCUCACUGCUGCUCUGAAGGCUGCCCGCCGCGUCAACGACUUCCCCACCGCCGUUCGCGUCUUCGAGGGUGUCAAGGCCAAGGUCGAGAACCAGGAGCAGUACGAGCAAUACCUCCAGGCCCUCGACACCCUCCGCCAGGAGCUCGGCGUUGCGCUCCGGGAAGAGCUCUACCCCGGCGAGCAGUAAACAUAUGCACAUGCAUGUUCUCGCUCGCUUCGUUCCAUAACAUAUCCCACUUCCCUUUUCUAUUUAGAACCUCGGAAAUCUUUCCUCAAAUGUUCCGAUUAUCGUCAUAUCUAUGAAGAUAGGAAAGCUGUAUACAUAUUCUAGAAAUGCAGUUGGGUGGAGUUAGGGCCCCCCAUCCUUGUUUCUUUGCUCCUUUUGUUAUGUGCUGUGAUUUCUUACCCGACUCAAGUAACGGGGAAGGAAAAAAAAUAAGUGAUGCAGAUGUGGUUUCCUCUUUCUCGAUCUAUAUCUGUGCUUUUCUAGAGAUCUGAAUGGCAUUUACCUGUACUUUGUAUGCUGCCUAG